CCCAGGAGGCGCUUUCUUUCCAUUGCACGGCUUUUCCCAAGGGCGCCGCCGUUUUUCUCCGAAACCCUCCUAAAAAUCCGAGGCACGCCGGCGGCCACCGUCCACGCGCAGCACCACCUCGCCAUGGCCCGGCGGUUGCUCCACCUCCGGCCCCACCUCCCGUCCCUCGCUCCCCGACUCAUCCCUUCGCGGCAGUACAUGUCCGACAUGCGCCGCUCCGUCUUCCUCGACCGCCUCCUCCGCUCCCUCCGCUCCGAGAUCUCCUCUUGCCGCGCCGAGCCCGCCCCGCCGCUCCCGCCCUCCGCCGCGCCGUUCACCGUCGAGGACCGUCCCGGCGAGCAGUAUGUCCGCCUACGCCGCGCGCUCUCCGCUGAGGAGGAGAUCAGGGUGGACGCCUCAAUGGUCGACGGCGCCGUGGCGCCCACCCGCUCGGGCGUGGACGCCCAAGACGGCGGACCGGAGGCCAGGAUGCACAUCAGUGUCCACGUCGAGGUCACCAAGCCCGCGCGGCCCGACUUUGCGCUCAACUUCGAGUGCUCGGCUUGGCCCGAGGAGAUGGAUGUGGAGAGGGUCUUCCCCGUCCGCCGCAGUGGCCCAGCGCCGGAACAGCAAUACAUGGGCCGCCAGUUCAGGGAGUUAGAUGAGGAGAUGCAAACUGCAGUGCGUGAUUACUUGGAGGAGAGGGGAGUGAAUGAUGAGCUAGCAGCAUUCCUGCACACCUACAUGGAAAACAAGGAGCAGACAGAGCUUGUAGGGUGGCUUAAGAAUAUCGAGUGCUAUCUCAAGAAGUAGACAGCAUUUUCUAGGGACUUUGAAUUAGAUUAGUUGGUGUUUUGCAAAAGUUAACACAAACAAAUGGGAUGUUAUCACAGCAUCAAAAAGUCCUCGCUCUUUUCAGAAGAUGGGAUUAUGCAGUGUGGACAAUGUGAUCCAGGGAGGAUCCUCUUUGAAACAGUGGCCGUCGACAGAGUUUCUAGGUACCAAAUGUAUUCGGACGAACAUAUAUUCUGACGAACCAAGUUACUGCGGACUGAUUUACGAGCAAA